AUGUCGCAGUCCAGCCUUUCCGCCGUGGACGCCGCCACCACCGGCGCCUUGCUGCUCGGCGACAAUCUCAACUUUUGGGCCGGGGAGCGGCAGGCGCCCCGGCCGGGAGCCGCCGACGCCGAACCCGUCUACGAGCCCGCCACAGGGCGCGUGCUGUGUCAACUCACCCCCUGCGGGCCGGACGAGGUCAACGCGGCCGUGGAGAGCGCCGGCGCCGCCUACCUCCGAUGGAGCAAGAUGGCGGGCAUGGAGCGCUCGCGCUUCAUGUUGGAGGCCGCUCGCAUCAUCAGGGAGCGUCGGGAGAAGAUCGCCAAGCUGGAGGUGAUCAACAACGGCAAGUCCAUCACCGAAGCGCUGACGGACGUGGACGUGGCCUGGCAGUGCAUGGAGUACUACGCCGGAUUGGCCGCGACCAUGGCAGGUCAACACAUUCAGCUCCCCGGCGGCGCCUUCGCAUACACCCGGCGCGAGGCUCUGGGCGUCUGCGCGGGCAUCGGCGCUUGGAACUACCCCUUCCAGAUCGCCGUGGUCAAGUCGGCCCCGGCGCUGGCGUGCGGAAACUCCAUGGUGUUCAAGCCCUCCCCCAUGACGCCCGUCACUGCCGUGCUCCUGGCCGAGAUCUACCGGGAGGCCGGGAUGCCCCCGGGACUCUUUUGCGUGGUGCAAGGCGGCGCCGCGACCGGAACCUUACUGUGCCAGCACCCCCGUGUCGCGAAGGUGUCCUUCACGGGAAGCGUGCCCACCGGCAAGAAGGUGAUGGAGAUGUCCGCCCGCGGCGUCAAACCGGUCACGCUGGAGCUCGGCGGCAAGUCGCCGCUCAUCAUCUUUGGCGACUGCGAGCUGGACAACGCCGUCAAGGGAGCGCUCAUGGCCAACUUCCUCACGCAAGGACAGGUGUGCUGCAACGGGACCAGAGUAUUUGUGCAGAGGGACAUCGUCGGGCGAUUCCUGGAGAAAGUGGUCGCCAAGACUCGAGCCAUCGCAGUGGGGGACCCCCUGCUGGACGGCACCCGCAUGGGGGCGCUCAUCAGCAAGCCCCAGCUGGACAAGGUCCUGGCUUUCGUCCGGCAGGCCGAGGAACAGGGGGCCAAGGUGCUGUGCGGCGGACAACCUCUGGUGCCCUCUGACCCCAAACUCAAAGAAGGAUACUUCAUGUCGCCCUGCGUACUCGACGACUGCAGGGACGACAUGACGUGCGUGAAGGAGGAGAUUUUCGGGCCCGUCAUGUCGGUGCUGCCUUUUGACACCGAGGAGGAGGUUCUGCGCCGCGCUAACGACACCACUUUCGGACUGGCCUCCGGCGUCUUUACCAGAGACAUCUCGCGAGCCCACCGCGUGGCCGAGAAGCUGGAAGCGGGGACGUGCUAUAUUAACAACUACAAUAUUAGCCCCGUGGAGGUGCCCUUCGGGGGUUACAAGAUGUCGGGUUUCGGCCGCGAGAACGGUCAGGUGACCGUCGAGUACUACUCACAGCUCAAGACCGUUGUGGUGGAGAUGGGCGACGUGGACUGUCUUUUUUGA